AUGUACGUCCAAAUGGCAGAACACUACCUCGACAUUCUCGUCAGUGGUCACGACGAACACGGUGCCCCGUUGCCGUCCAACCCGGCCUACCCUUGGGGAGGCAUCGGUCCCAUCUUCCGGCAUCAUAACAUCACUGCCGAAGGUGACGACGACGGAUCCGUCGACCAGCCAGUGGUAGCUGCAGAGGGUAUGGGCGCGUGGUGGGCCCGGUGGAAGCGACACUUUGACCGUCUCAAGACGGGAGGCGAGGGCGCUGAUGGAUCUCACGACACGUAA